AUGUUCAGGGACAGAAUCUUCACAGGUCGACGUUCGGUGACUUUUCACACCGGAGCUCACCUCGGCCCCGGUGAGACACCCCGGCCGCCCCUCGAUUUCGACACGGAAUUCAACGUCGACGCCAGCGCCCAAUACCACGCCUUUGAGGACGCCGUCUCCGUCAUGGCGUUGUACCACCAGCUCGAGGCCGUUGCCGGCGCGUCGUUUCUACCAUAG